CAGCAGUGCCAGUGGCGCCAGCCAUAUUCGUGCGGUGAGCCUGUUUUGCGGUCGUUGGUGGCCACUUUGGGCGCGCUCCGUGGCUGCCGGCGAACUUGAGGAGGCGGCCAGAGGCCUGCGGCCAGUGGAGCAACAGAAGAGCAAGCGGAAGAAGGCGAGAGCGGCCGUCGGACAGCGGCUGGGACGGCGCGAGUGGGACAUUACCUAAUAUGGGCAUGGAGCAUGCUCGGCCCGUCAGGAACUGCCCGACCCGCUUUUAGCCGCGAUUUCUGUGAUAAUUGGUUGACUCGGGAACUGCCGCUCGACAAAUUCGCUUCCUUUGUUCCUGCUCGCUCCUGGAGGUGAUCGUGACACAGUGUCGACGUGAAUAAAUCGAACGAGUGACUGAAGCAAACAAACAAACUCAACAUGUCUUUCCGAGUGGUGCGUUCGAGCAAGUUUCGGCACGUGUACGGCACGGCGCUGAAAAGGGACCAGUGCUUCGACAACAUCAGGGUGUCCAAGUCGUCAUGGGACUCGACCUUUUGCGCCGUCAACCCCAAAUUCCUCGCCAUCAUCGUCGAGUCGGCCGGCGGCGGUGCCUUCAUCGUCAUGCCCCUCAGCAAGGUGGGCAGAAUUAACCCGGACCACCCGCUGGUUGGCGGCCACAAGGGCCCGGUGCUAGAUAUUGCUUGGUGCCCUCACAACGACAACGUCAUCGCUAGUGGCUCUGAGGACUGCGUUGUUAAAGUUUGGCAGAUCCCGGACAGCGGAAUUUCCAGAACACUGACUGAGCCCAUUGUCGACUUGAUCUACCAUCAGCGGCGAGUGGGUUUGGUCUUGUGGCACCCGUCGGCUCAAAAUGUGCUGCUCACUGCGGGCAGUGACAAUCUGGUGCUCAUCUGGAAUGUGGGCAUCGGCGAGGUCAUGGUCAAGAUUGACUCGCAUCCCGACAUCGUUUACUCAGCCUGCUGGAACUGGGACGGUUCCUCGUUGCUCACCACUUGCAAGGACAAGAAGAUCCGAAUAAUCAACCCUCGCACUGGAGAUAUUGAGGAGGAAGCAACCAGUCAUGAAGGAAGCAAAGCCACCAGAGCCAUUUUCCUGCGAUCGGGCUUGGUCUUCACCACCGGCUUCAGCAAAAUGUCUGAAAGACAGUACUCACUCCGAGCGCCGGAUCAUCUUUCAGAUCCUAUUGUGAUGGUCGAGCUGGACACUAGCAAUGGCGUUAUGUUCCCUCUGUACGACCCCGACACCAAUCUAGUUUUCUUGUGUGGAAAGGGUGACAGUGUGAUCAGGUACUUUGAAAUCACAGCCGAGCCUCCAUUCGUCCACUACAUCAGCACCUUCCAAACGCCCGACCCUCAGCGAGGAAUCGGCAUGAUGCCCAAGAGGGGCUGCGACGUCAACUCAUGCGAGAUCUCAAGAUUCUUUAGGCUGAACAAUUCUGGCCUCUGUCAGGUCAUAACAUUCACUGUUCCUCGAAAAUCAGAGCUCUUCCAAGAAGAUUUGUACCCCGACACCCCAGGAGAAGAACCAUCCAUCACUGCCGAAGAAUGGAAUGGCGGCAAAGACGCAGAGCCUCUGCUGAUUUCGCUCAGGGAUGGAUAUGCGCCCAGCAACAAAAAGGAGUUGAAGGUUAAACGUAAAAAUGUCCUUGACAAGAUGCCCCCCAAGAGAGGAGGCAGCACUUCAUCCAUGACAAGAUCCAGUGCAGACAGUGACGGAGACUCGGCCGACGCCCCUCCAACCAUUGUCCAAGCUGGAGUUCCACAAAAAGUUGUUGACGACAUGAUGGAAGAGAUUCGCAAACUCAAGGCGAUGAUUGUGAAGCAUGAGAACCGAAUCCGGUCACUCGAGGCCAAAGUAACUGGUGUGGCUGCAACGCCCCUAGGCAGUGGGACGCCUGCCUUGCCCAGUACUCCUGCGCCAGUCAAGCAGGAAGAGACCAAGACCUCCAACUCCUCGCCGCCCCAGUCAAGCGGCGAGGAAAUGGCCCCCGACGAAGUUUAAGUCGGACGUAGUUUUGUACUUUCUGCUGCAGAGGCAAACGAACUCCUUGGUAAGAAUGAAAACAUGAAUCUUGUAUUUUGGAGCCUUGUUGAGCGAAAAUUUAUAUUUUGAACUUGUAUUUUUUAAUGUGUACAUAUAUAUUAAGUAUAAGGAUGCAAAAGUAUUUUUUGCAGAAUUAUAUUACUUGUAUUGCUUGUAUAUUUAAUGAAUUUUAUUUAUUGUUGCCAUCACUUGUGACUGAUAUUAGUCAGAGUGGCUCCUUUCAGCAAGUUAACCAGUUUUUUUUAACGAACAAAACUAUUUGUUUCCUUGAUUCAUAUCACGGGCUGGGAAUUUAUUACAUAUAGUUAUAAUGGUAAAGCAAUUUGAAUCUUGGACUGUACGAAUCAAUCCUUGCCAAUUGUUAUUUCUCUUCCGGCCUUUGUUUUUUUUUACCGAUCAAGUGCUAUGAGAGAUGCUAAUCUGUUUGCAAUUACGAAUCUUGUGAUUCCCAGCCCGAAUUUUGACUUAAUUCCGCUUGAUAGGUUCCACGUGCCAAUUAUUAUUUGUUUGUUGCUUGAUUUUAAAAUCCCAAUGGAAAAUGAUAAUUUGACCAGUAUAAAAAAAAAAACUAUUAGAGCGUCUCCUCUCUCUUUCUCUUAUUUUGCAUUUUGUUGUUGAGAGGUUCAAUCAGUUUGAACUACUUGUAUGGUGCUUUAAAAUAUUCAGUAGAAAAGAUAUUGGUGAUCCAGUUGUAAUAAUUAUUAGAAUCGAAUGAGUUGCAAGUCAGUUGGCCAACCUAAUUACGGUUGACACCUUUGUUAUUAUCUAACAAUAAGGCGAUAAUCAUGUGCUUGAACAGCCCUUUGCCUUUUCAAACAGACUAUGACACUGACUUUUCAAAACUGCUAUCAUCUUUUGGUAUAAAAACAUUGUGUACAUUGAUAUGCCUCUUCAAACAAUAAAAGCAAACUGAGCAAA